AUGUCCAAUAAAAACACUUACUCUAUAGACAAUACUGAAUAUUCAAAGCAUACUUCAACUCGACCACAAAACUUUACUAUGGUCAACAAAAAAACACCUUUUCAACGACACAAAGAGGAGACAGAACUUAAGAAAAAGAAAGAAAAUGAAGAAGCGGCCAAGAUAUAUGAAGAUUUUGUAGCAUCCUUUGAAAAUUCAACAUAUGAUCAAGGCACAUCAGGGUUUGUUCGAGCUUCCAAAGAUCAGACGAAUAGGACAUUAUCUAGUUCAGCCUCUGACAAUUAUAAACCAAUGUCUUUUGUAAAAGCCGGUGAAUCAAAAGCGACUACUGCAAUGACGAACAACUCCAGCCAUAAACGCACUCACCGACAAUCAGAAAAGGAUAUGGAUGAUGACGAUGACAAUGAUGUAGGUGUUUUAGCACAAAUGAAGCAGGCCAAAUCAACGAAAAAGCGUCAUAUGGAUUCCUUCCUGGAAGAAAUCAAAAAAGAACAGCAAAAUCGGGCAAAAGGACAAGAUACAACAUCAUCAAUAUCAUCAGGACACGACAAUAGUUCUGGUUCUCACGAUAAUGGUGAUCCUCAUACAACCAAUCUUUUCCUGUCAGAUCUUAAUCCUGCAGUGAACGAGAAUAUACUAUGCGCAGAAUUUGGAAAAUAUGGACCAAUAGCUUCAGUCAAGGUUAUGUGGCCUCGUACUGAUGAAGAAAUCGAACGACAAAGAAAUUGUGGAUUUGUUAGCUUUAUGACCAGAAAAGAUGCUGCUGCUGCGUUGGAUGGAAUGAAUGGCAAAGUUGUACUUGGACAUACAAUGAAAGUUGGAUGGGGCAAGCCUGUACCAUUACCUGCUCAACCUAUAUUCGUAUUAGACAAGCGAGACGAACAAAAGAAGCUUCCAUUCAACGCCAAAGUGGUGGAUCGGGAAUCUAUUGGAAAACGGACAGAAGUUGUUGUUAUUCCUCCUUCAGAUAUUAACACUAUCAAGAUUAUUCAUCGAACUAUAGAACGUGUUAUCAAAUAUGGUCCUUUGUUUGAAGAAUUGAUUAUGGAAAAGGAAGCUAGUAACCCUCAAUUUGUAUUCUUGUUUGACAGUACACAUCCAGAUCAUAUUUACUACCGUUGGAGACUCUAUUCAAUCCUACAAGGUGAUACUAUGUCCAACUGGCGAACUGAUCCUUUUCAAAUGUUUGAUGAUGGAGAAUGGUGGAUCCCUCCAGAUGUUCCUGAUGUACCGUUUGAUGAAAAUGAAACAACGGAACAAUAUCUUGAUACGGAUGAUGAAGCAAACGAAAGAACGCAACAACGGCUACCAAAGGGACAACUAGGCAAGAUUGGACGACGACGAUAUGAAACGAUGCUACGACAAGUAACAUAUCAACGUGGAACUAUUGCAAAACCAAUGGCUUUUGCUAUUGAACAUGCUGAUGCUUAUGAAGAUAUCGUCGAAAUUACAUUCAAAUCAAUCAUCGGGCCUAAUGCUACUAUCACAUCCAAAAUUGCGCGACUCUUUCUGGUAUCAGAUAUUCUUCACAACAGUAGUGUACAUGUUACCAAUGCUUGGCGAUAUCGUGAUGGAUUUCAACGUCGAUUACCUGAUAUAUUCAAACAUCUCAAUGAUAUUUACAGAUCUAUUACAGCAAGAUUAAAAGCAGAACAAUUCAGACGAUAUAUUAUUACUGUUUUAGGAGCAUGGGAAAAUUGGAUGGUGUUUCCAAAACACUUUAUUGAAAAAUUGGACUCAAUAUUCAUGAAGAAAUCCGAUCAGAUAUUGGAUGAUAUAUCAAUCAACAACAAGAAUGAUGAAGAACACUCGAUUACAGGUGUAGACUCCAAUAACGAAAAGAAUGACAGCAAUGAUCAAACGAUACCACUUGCCUCAAACAACUCAAUUGACCAAUCUGCUGGAAAUCCCGAUGGUGAAGCCUUGGACGAUAUUGAUGGUGAAGCUUUGGAUGAUAUUGAUGGUGAAGCUUUGGGUGAUAUUGACGGAGAGGCCUUGGAUGAUAUUGAUGGAGAAGCAUUUGACGAUAAUGAACAUUUAUAG